UAAUCUAUCUCUUUUCAUUGAAGUAGUAUAACAGUACGUCCUACUGUUUGAUCGACCUAAAAGACUAGGAGAGGCAUUCAACAAAGAUGUAUCCGAAAAGUAUCGGAGAACGUCAAGCUAAUAAAGAACAUGUAUUGGCUGUUUCAAGAGAUUUUAUAUCACAGCCACGACUUACAUAUAAAACCGUCUCAGGUGUAAAUGGACCAUUGGUAAUAUUAGAUGAAGUCAAAUUUCCAAAAUUUGCAGAAAUUGUUCAGUUAAAACUUGCUGAUGGAUCUACAAGAUCUGGUCAAGUAUUAGAAGUAUCAGGUUCUAAAGCAGUUGUUCAGGUGUUUGAGGGUACUUCUGGUAUUGAUGCAAAAAAUACUCUUUGUGAAUUUACUGGCGAUACUCUUCGGACUCCCGUAUCUGAAGAUAUGUUAGGACGUGUUUUUAAUGGAUCUGGAAAACCAAUUGAUAAAGGUCCUCCUAUUCUUGCGGAAGAUUUUUUGGAUAUUGAAGGACAACCAAUUAAUCCAUGGUCACGUAUCUAUCCUAAAGAAAUGAUUCAAACAGGUAUCUCAGCUAUUGAUGUUAUGAAUUCUAUUGCUCGUGGGCAAAAGAUUCCUAUUUUCUCAGCUGCUGGUUUACCACACAAUGAGAUUGCUGCACAAAUUUGUCGUCAAGCUGGUCUUGUAAAGUUACCUGGAAAAUCAGUUUUGGAUUCUCAUGAAGAUAAUUUUGCCAUUGUAUUUGCUGCUAUGGGUGUGAAUAUGGAAACUGCUCGUUUUUUCAAGCAAGAUUUUGAAGAAAAUGGUUCUAUGGAAAAUGUGUGCCUUUUUUUAAAUUUAGCUAAUGAUCCUACUAUUGAAAGAAUUAUCACUCCACGUCUUGCUUUAACUGCAGCUGAAUUUUUGGCUUAUCAAUGCGAAAAACAUGUUCUAGUUAUACUAACUGAUAUGUCCUCUUAUGCUGAGGCUCUUCGUGAAGUAUCAGCUGCUCGUGAAGAAGUACCAGGACGACGUGGUUUUCCUGGUUAUAUGUAUACAGAUUUAGCAACUAUAUAUGAACGAGCUGGUCGAGUAGAAGGUCGUAAUGGUUCUAUUACUCAAAUCCCAAUUUUGACUAUGCCAAACGACGAUAUUACUCAUCCUAUUCCUGAUUUAACUGGAUAUAUUACUGAGGGUCAAAUUUAUGUUGAUCGUCAACUUCAUAAUAGACAAAUUUAUCCACCUGUUAAUGUACUUCCUUCACUAUCUCGACUUAUGAAGUCUGCUAUUGGUGAAGGAUGGACACGAAAAGAUCAUUCUGAUGUAUCUAAUCAAUUGUAUGCUUGUUAUGCUAUUGGAAAAGAUGUACAAGCUAUGAAAGCUGUUGUUGGUGAAGAAGCUUUAACACCAGAUGAUUUACUAUAUUUAGAAUUUCUUUCUAAGUUUGAGAAAAACUUUAUUUCUCAGGGAAGUUAUGAAAAUCGUACGGUUUUUGAAUCAUUGGAUAUUGGUUGGCAAUUAUUACGUAUUUUUCCUAAAGAGAUGCUCAAACGAAUUCCUACUAAUAUUCUCGCCGAAUUUUAUCCAAGAGAUUCACGUCAUUAGUUUUUUUUCAUAUUUAAAAUUAAAUCUUUUUUGUUUAAAAUGUAUAAAAAGAAUUAUGAAUGAAAGAAAUGGAAAAAUGGUUUGAUUCUCUGCUUUUUAAUGAUUAAAUUGAAAAAAAUCAUAUAUUUAUAUAAUUUUAAAAAUAUUAAAUUCAUAAAAUUAUUUCUGUAUCAAAUAUAAAUUAAAAUUGAAAUUAAUAAGUUUUAGUAAAUUAAUUAGCUGGAUAAUGUUAAAUGUGUAAUACAGAAAUAUAUAGAGAAUUACAUAUAUAAUUUAAUAUUAAUUCUAUAUCGUUAAAAUAUAAUUUUAAUAAUAAUAGAUAUUUUGUGCGAAUAAUCACUUAUAACAAGUGAUUGUGUAAAAUAUAAUAUAUUAUUCAGUAUUAACAUAAAAAAAAAUAUCAUUAUAUAACUUUAUAUUUUUCGGUUUCACAUUCCAAUAUAAAAUUUUCAUCUAUAGAAAUAUUAUACUCAAUUAAAAGAAAAAAAAAAUAUUAAACGUUACUUGAUGUUGAUAAAAAUGUUUAAUCUUUUAUGCACAGAUUGUUUAAUCCAUAUUUUAUAAAUGUAUCUUUGUUGUUUUAAUAUUGUUGUUUUAAUAUUGUAAAAAAAUAUUUGUCUCAAAUAAAUAUGUAAAAUAUACUAUAAAUGUAUCUACGGUAAAA